CUAAAGUUUGCUGGUUGGAGAAGUUGUUCUUGCAUCCAUCAGCCGACAACUGAGGUCGACAGUCAAGUCGCGACGCCACCUUCCACCCGGCUGUAUAAAGCAGACCGCCGAGUCCUCCGCCUCCUCCUGCUCGUCUCUGACAACCUCUGAUCAUCAUGGAAGAUUCGCCAGAACAGUCCCACUGGGUGUCUCCAGCUCUCCUCAGUUCAGACCCUCUGGCUGGUUUCCCCUCCGAUGCCAGUCUGUUGCCUCCGGGAGAAGACGGAGAGGGCUUCUUCUCCAGCCAGGACAGUGACUACACCAGUAUGCCCUCUUUCUUCUCCAAUCAGAGCCAUAGCCGGGCGCCAUCCGUCUACAGGCACAGUGCGGUCCGGCAGAUGUUCACCUCUCCCAGUCUGCUGAGCAACUUCCAGCUUCUGGACGGGCCCAGCAGCCACUCCCUGACCUCACCUUACAACCCCCCGCCCACCACCUGGAGCAGCAGCCCUCUCACUAAGACCCCGCUGCUCUCGCCGACGCCAACCUCACUCUACACGCCCGGCGUCGCCUCCCCGUUCGCCUCCUCCAGGGACGGAUACUCGUCCCCAAACAGGGAGGGCAGCGAGAGCCCGCGGCUUCAGGAGGCCCUGAAGGCCGAGCGCCUGAGCCCACUGGGGGGGUCGGGCGCCAGCAGCAGCUUCCUGAACCUGACCCCCGCGGCGGGGAGCAUGUACACUCCUUCGACACACUCACACAUGCUGAGCCCCUACAGUCCAUACAUGAGCGGCAGCACGCAGGAUUACAGCUCCGCUGCCCUCUACUCUGGCCCCGGAGCGUGGAUCAACCCCUCCUACUCCCCAAAACUCCGCAACAAGAUGAGGAUAUCCACUCCAGAGGCCAGAGAGUGUGUUAACUGUGGAGCCACAGCGACCCCCCUGUGGCGCCGGGAUGGUACCGGCCACUACCUGUGUAACGCCUGCGGCCUGUACCACAAGAUGAACGGCCAGAACCGACCUCUGAUCCGGCCCAAGAAGAGACUGAUUGUGAGCAAGCGGGCAGGUACUCUGUGCGCCAACUGCCACACCAGCACCACGACACUGUGGAGGCGCAACGCCAAUGGAGAGCCGGUGUGCAACGCCUGCGGACUCUACUUUAAACUGCACAACGUCAACCGCCCGCUCACCAUGAAGAAAGACGGCAUUCAAACCCGGAACAGAAAAGUCUCCAAUAAGAACAAGAAGAGCAAGAAGGCGGCCUUGUUAGACUCGUACUCGGAGGCGACUCAGCCCGCCUCGCUGGACGACAAUGUUGGACCCUACUCCCUCGGCCCCGGCACUCUCCUGACCUACGGCCACGCGCCGCACCUCAUCCCUACACCCUCCGCCUUACACCCGUCUGCAAGCCUACCCUACACACACCACCUUAACUCUGGCAUGGUGCCCACUCUGGUGUGAGCC